AUGGGUUCCAACGGACGAGAGGAGAAGCCCGAUGGCGCCCUGUUCGAGACUGCGCUGGACGCCGAGUCCCUGAUUCGACUCCUCUCGGUCAAUUCGCCAGCCCCGUCCGACCCUCUUGUUCGGAAACUUAAUGCCCUGGAGAUACAAAGCAUGCAAGAUCAGGUUAUGCCGGAAGAUCACCCUCGAGACAUCCCAUCCGUCCUUCAACAAGCCAUGGCCGUCUUCGAUAAUCGCAUGCGCCUCACCCACCCCCACUGCUUCUCCUAUAUCCCAUCCUGUCCAACAUCCAUUGCCCGCCUCGGCGACCUCCUCACCUCCGUCUACAACGUCAAUUCCGUCAGCUGGGAUGUAAGUUCCGGGCCAAGCGUGGUGGAAAAGGCCAUGAUAUCCUUCCUAGGCGCGCAGCUAGGGCUCCCAGACACAGUCGGGGGCUGUUUCGUCUCAGGCGGCUCGAUGGCAAACAUGGCAGCCAUAAUUGCAGCGCGGGACGAGCUCCUCCAGCCCAGACAGCGAGCCGACGCAGUCAUCUACAUCUCCGACCAGACACACAUCUCCAUCCUCAAGGCCCUGCACAUGACCGGGUUCAUGGAGUACCAGGUCCGCAAGAUCCCCACGGACGCCGAAUUCCGCAUGGACCUGCACGCCCUCAAACACACUAUCACCACGGACCGCCAAUCCGGAUCCAUACCGUUUCUCCUCGUCGCGAAUUGCGGGAGCACCAACACAGGAAGCAUCGAUCCUCUGCACGCCCUAGCCGACAUCGCACAAGAGGAGGGACUCUGGCUACACGUCGACGGAGCAUACGGAGCCUCGAUCGCCAUCUCCAACAAACACCGCCACCUCGUUGACGGGAUCGGGCGCGCGCACAGCGUUUCUUGGGACGGACACAAGUGGCUCUUCCAGACGUAUGGGUGUGGGAUUGUGUUGACGCGCGAAGCUAGCUCGCUCACGCGCAGCUUCGCCAUCGAUGCAGAGUAUAUCAGCGGAAGGUUGUCACCGCAGGGGACCACCAAUUUCUACAACCUGGGCCCUGAGCUCAGUCGCCCCGCGCGGGCCAUGUCGCUCUGGCUGACGUUCAGGGCCCUGGGUCGACAUCGUAUGGGUGAGAUGAUUGACCGAGGUUUCCUCCUUGCGCGGACCGCGGAUUACACGAUCCGGCAGUGCAAGGGCUGGGUGAUUGCAGCGCCGACGGUGGCUAGUAUUGUGGUCUUUCGAUAUGCGCCCCGCGGGUUUGACGACGAGGAGGAGCUGGAUACAUUGAAUGCGGCUAUUUCACGGCGCCUCUUGGAUGAGAAUAUGGCUGCUAUACUCACGACGAAAAUCCGGGGAAGGACUACACUGCGCAUGUGUGCGAUAAAUCCCCUUGUGGAACCGGGGACGAUCGACGAUGUUAUACGCCAGGUUGACAGGGUUGCGCAGUCGGAGGCUGCUAAGCUUCGAAAGGUGUAUCCGGGCGUGGCUAAGAAGCUGUAUACUCAUUGCCAAAAGUUCCCUGGCGUUGAUGUUCAAGAUGUUCAUUAUCAAGCCCUGAGUUCGAAGGAGCUGUAA